AUGGCAGCCGUAGCUGUCAAUGGCGGCGCUGGCGCAAAGAAGCUCAGCAAGAACGCCUUCCGCAGACAACAGAAGAAGGCGCAAAAGGACCGUUCGGUAGGCCUUCUCUUCGGUCGCCUUGCUUUAAACUCAACUAACAAUGACAUGGUACAGGCUUCCGUCACUCCCUCCGUCGCCGAGUCUACCGACCUGUCCGAAGCAGAAACCCCCAAGCCAGAGACUGGCCGCCAACCUGACGCUCAGAUCAACACUCGCGAUGACCCUAUGCAAAACAACGACCUCCCCAACGACGACUUUACCAUUCCCGAAGACGACCCUCUAUAUGCCGAAUUCCAGAAUGUCCUAUUAAAGUUCAACAACAGCGACAAAUCGCAAACAAAAGAAGAGGAAAAGCCCGAGAUUUACUACGACGACGACAAUGACGAUAUUCCUGAUGAGGAGGAUGAGAACCAGCCGAAACUGUCCAAGAAGGCGCGAAAGGCUGCUAGCAAACUGACCAUUGCUGAGCUUAAGCGUUUGGUGCGUAAGCCUGAGCUGGUCGAGUGGACAGACAUCGACGCCUCAGACCCGCUCUUGCUUGUGCGCAUCAAGUCGCAGCGCAAUGUUGUUCCCGUGCCAUCACACUGGGCCCUCAAGCGUGAAUAUCUUUCUUCCAAGCGUGGUAUUGAGAAGACGCACUUCAACUUGCCCAAGUUCAUCGCCGAUACUGGUAUCGCUGAGAUGCGCGACGCCGUGCUCGAGAAGCAGGCCGAGGCAACCCUGAAACAGAAGCAGCGCGAGAGAGUACAAGGAAAGCUCGGAAAACUCGACAUCGACUACCAGAAGCUUUACGAAGCCUUCUUCCGCCACCAAACAAAGCCCCCGCUUACUCGCUAUGGUGAGGUCUACUAUGAGGGUAAGGAAUACGAGACUAACCUCCGUCAUUUACGACCUGGCGAGUUGAGCGAUGAGCUGAGAGAAGCUCUCAACAUGCCACCUGGUGCUCCUCCGCCAUGGCUCAUUAACCAGCAACGUUUUGGUCCCCCUCCUUCAUACCCUGGCCUCAAGGUUCCUGGUUUGAACGCUCCUCCGCCACCAGGCGCAUCAUGGGGUUUCCAUCCUGGUGGUUACGGCAAGCCUCCCGUCGACGAAUACACGAACCGACCCUUGUUUGGUGGCGAUAUCUUCGGUGUUAACAACGCAGAGGAUGAAGAAGCACCAACCGGAGCACCCGUGGAGAAGACACUGUGGGGUGAACUUCAAGAGCGCGAGGAGGAAGAGGAAGAAGAGGAGGAGGAUGAGGACGAGGAAGAGGAAGAUGGCGACGAAGCUAUGGACGAGGAGGACAUUGGUGCAGGACUCGAAACACCGAGCGGAUUAGCUUCUGCUGUUCCUACCGAAAUCGGUAUCGAGAGCGUUGGAGGCGAUUUCGAACUACGCAAGAACGCAAGAGCUCCCGAACCCGAAGACAAUGGCGCUCCCCGAUCAGCGUACCAGGUCCUUCCGGAACAGAAUAUCCGCGCCCAAGGUUUCUUUGGAGGCGAGAGAGCAUACGACUUGCGGGCGGCGCAGCAAAAUCUUCCUGUGCUCGGACAAGAAAACAGAGGCAGCAAACGCAAGGUCGGCGACAUCGAUGUCAGCGUAGACGUCGACGCGCUUGAAAGAGAUGAUCGCUUGAGCAAGGACGAGAUCGCCAGACAGUUCGAGGCUCAAAGACAGGCACAGGCUGAGGGACAGUGGAAGGGAAGAGUGGAUCAGGAAGAUUUGAGCCAGAUGAUUGCCGAGGAGAGCAACAAGAGGUUGAAACAAGACAAGGAGAGGAACGAGCGCAGAAGAGGAGGCGGCGACAGCAGGAGCAGCAGGAGAUGA